AGAAUUCAGUAUUAAGCCAGAGCUGCUCGCGUUAGGUGCUCGCGAGCUGAAUUUCCGCUGACCCCCGAACCCAACCACUCCCAACUAUUAUAUCAACAAUACAAACAAACAAACAAACAAAGGAACUUGAUAUCCCGACACCGCCUGACACCGUCGCCAAGGAGCAAAUUCUGGAGAAGAUGAGCAGCAAGGUGACCUUUGCCUUCGACAGCAACCCAUUGGGGGUCUAUCAAGCCGGUCAGCUAAUCUCCGGCACUGCGGAACUGGUCACCGAGCGUCCAAAAACCAUUCGAUCGAUCUUUAUAACCAUAAACGGUUAUGGCGAGACGCGAUGGCAAGAGAGCGAGGAGCGGGUGGGCGAGGACGGGAAGCCAACCAAGACACUGGUGACAUACACAACCACCGAGGUCUACUAUAGCACUGACCAGCCGGUGUACGGGCAAGCCGGCGGAUCCCAGCUGGAGCUGCCCAUGGGCAAGUACGUCUUUCCCUUCCGGACCACUAUACCGCCCAAUGCGCCCACUUCCUUCAACGGAGCCCACGGUCAGAUCAAGCAUGAGGUCACCCUGACCAUCGAUCGCGCCGUGCGCUACAACAAUACCUUCAAGCAGUGCUUUUCGGUGAUCCUGCCACACGAUCUCAACAAGCGUCAGGAGUAUAAGGAACCCUUAAAGCGUCUGGAGUCAAAGAGCUUUUGGUGGGGCUCGAUCUUCGGUGCCCACAAACCAAUGAUCAUGGACGUAAGCACCUCGUACUCAGCCUACGUGCCCGGUCAAAAGAUCCACUUCCAUCUGGUGCUGGACAACCAGUCGGAUGUGCAAUGCAUGGAUGUGAAGGUGCGUCUGCUCAAGAACGUUUCGUAUCGGGCCAAUUCCUCCGGGGCAAAGGAGCAGCUCAAGGUCACCGAAACCAGGGUGGCGGACAAACAUUGCGGUGAGGUGCUGAAGCACAACAAGGCCAAGUUCGACGAGUUCCUGAUGGUGCCACCGACCACUCCGUCCACACAAAGCGAAAAGGAUCCCAUUCGGGUUGGCUACACACUCCGUUUUAUUGCCAAGACCUUCAAGUUGCAUGGAGGCGGGGAUCUGGUUAUGGACUUUCCACUAACCAUUGGCACAGUGCCGCUGAUGGGAAGUGCCGAUGACACGGGUCCAGAAGAGGCGGAGAAGUCCACGCCCAGUGGAAACUCUCAUCCAGGUUCUCCCAACUUCCAGGAAGACGUUAGUGACGAACAAUUCGAGUCCAAUAGUUUUAAGCCACGAUAUCCCGUCUACCCCUUCGAUGGAAAGCCGGGAACAAAUGGAGCCAUUGGGGCAGCUAAUCCACCCAGUCUCUAUCCCAAUGUGGUGGACGCACCACAUGCUACUCCUGUUAAAUUUACACCGAAUCCUGUGACGCCAGCCUCACAGAAAUCCCCACCAUAUCCGACCAAUACUCCUGCCGCUGCUGCUGCUCCAGGUGGCAAUAUCGAGGUGCUUGGAUUCAGCAUUCCACCUGACUAUAAGCCCACGCCCAGUGCUCCAGCCGAUGCUCAAUCCGGAGGAAUUGGGUGGAAAUAGGGACCACUGAUAAACCGUUUUGUAUUUUACUUUUUAAGCCAUUUU